CUGCACAAAACUUGUUGCUCCUGCAAGACAUUUGUGCAACUCCAGUGCUGGCCAAAGGGAUACCUUACAGGUUGGCUCUAAUGUCGUCUUUGGUCCAGACAAGAUGACAGCUUUAAGUGGGAAGGUGCAGACGGUGCUCGGGCUGUUGGAUCCAGCCCAGCUGGGCCGCACCAUGACCCACGAACACCUGACCAUGACCUUCGAGUGCUGCUACGUCCCCCCGCCGACUGGAGACGAUGCGGUGUCGGAGGCGCCCUUUGAGAUGCGGAAUAUGCACUGGCUUCGACAGAACCCGUACAGCAGCCAGGAGAACCUAUUGCUCUGCCAGGAGAUCGAGGCGGUCCGAGAUGAGCUGCAGUACUACCGGCAGGCAGGAGGGGGCACCAUCGUGGAGAACACGACCACAGGCAUCACACGGAACCUUCCCUCACUGAAGCAGCUGGCGAAGGACACUGGCGUUAACAUCAUAGCGGGUGCUGGGUUCUACGUUGAUGUGACUCAUUCGGACGAGACCCGGAAAAUGACCGUGGAGAAGCUGACUGACAUCAUCGUGAGCGAAAUCCUCCACGGCGCGGAUGGUACAGACAUCCGCUGCGGAGUCAUUGGCGAGAUCGGUACCAGCUGGCCAAUCACAGAGAGCGAGAAAAGGGUGCUCCGGGCCACUGCACACGCCCAGUCCCAGCUGGGCUGCCCCGUCAUCAUCCACCCGGGCCGGCACACCACCGCCCCCACGGAGGUGGUGCGCAUCCUGCAGGAGGCCGGCGGAGACAUCUCCAAAACGGUCAUGUCACACCUGGACAGGACCAUCUUUGACUAUGGCGAGCUGCUGGAGUUCGCCAAGCUGGGCAGCUAUCUGGAGUACGACCUGUUCGGAACGGAGAUGCUGGACUACCCCUUUGACCUGGAGAUUGACAUGCCCAGUGACAGUCAGAGGGUGCAGGCGUUAUCCUUCCUUGUGAAGGAGGGCUAUGAGGACAGGAUUGUUAUCGCGCAUGACAUUCACACCAAGAACCGCUUGACCAAAUACGGGGGCCACGGCUACUCGCACAUUCUGAAGAACAUCGCGCCCAAGAUGCUGACCAGAGGUAUAUCCCAGGGCCAGGUGGACAAGAUCCUGAUCCAUAACCCGAAGCACUGGCUCACAUUCAAGUGAAUCUAUUUUUAUACACAUUAGAUAUGUAGUAAACAGAAAUGAAUGGAUGAAAUCGUAUCACUUAUGAUUAAAUAAAAGCAUUUUUAUUUUCAAUGCCAUCACAGAGAGUAAUAAAUGCCUAAUAAAGCCGUUCUUGCACAGGACCUUAAAUUAAAGGCACUAUAUGAUCAACCAAUGCAUUGGGUUUUCGCACUGUAUUUUGCCUGUAGAGAAUAGUGUGUGCUCAGUUAGGGGUCCUCUAGGAUUGACCUUGAAAAAAGUAUUGUUGAGUUUAAAGGUGCACAGUGGAGACUAGGCUGUUUUAUUUAUCUCAGCUAAAAAUGAAAAACAGCACCGACAGCCUUUUAUAUUCUAAUAAAGGGCUGAAUAUUAAAGUGAUUAAAGAUAAACGCUUUUACAAUAGGAGAAAUAUUAGUAACCUUUCAGUGUUCACAAAUCCUGUUUGGCUGUGAAUGCCAUACAAUGGUGAUGCUGUGAAUGCCUUUCCAAAUUCAAUUUCCAAGUACACAAAGCAAUAAUUAAACUGGCCGUAAUUGCAUAUUUCAAAUGGUGCUACAAAAAUGUGUUGCUGACUUUAUAAGCUUUUUUUCUGCUUUAUUUGAUUGUUUUAUAAUACGAUUUCUUGUGCAAAGCUGCAUCCCUCUCCCUCGCAAACAAAUGGACAUCAUAGAAGAGUGUCAUGCUAUAAAAAAGAAUUUCUGUUAUUAAUCA